CGCGCCUUGAACCCUGAGAGGCGGGCUGGGUCUUAGCCAAUGGGCUGAGGGAGUAGUGAAGGAGGCGGGGCUUCUCCCGGCCAAUCGGCGGACGCGCCCUCGUUGCCGCUCUAUGCCGCUCCGCCCCGGCUCGCUGGUCCCAGAAGGCGCCGGGUUUCCCAAGAUGGCGGCCGACGUGUCCGUUACUCACCGGCCCCCGCUGAGCCCGGAGGCUGGGGCCGAGGUGGAAGACGAUGAUGCCGCGGAGCGCCGGGCGCCCGAAGAAGAACUGCCGCCGCUAGAUCCAGAGGAGAUCCGGAAACGCCUGGAACACACCGAGCGCCAGUUCCGUAACCGCCGCAAGAUACUGAUCCGGGGCCUCCCGGGGGACGUGACCAACCAGGAAGUGCACGACCUGCUCAGCGACUAUGAGCUCAAGUACUGUUUUGUGGACAAAUACAAAGGGACAGCCUUCGUGACUCUGCUGAACGGGGAGCAGGCCGAGGCCGCCAUCAGCGCCUUCCACCAGAGCCGCCUGCGGGAGCGCGAGCUGUCGGUGCGGCUGCAGCCCACGGACGCCCUGCUCUGCGUGGCCAACCUGCCACCCAGCCUCACGCAGCAGCAGUUCGAGGAGCUGGUGCGGCCCUUCGGCAGCCUGGAGCGCUGCUUCCUGGUCUACAGCGAGCGCAGCGGCCACUCCAAGGGCUACGGCUUCGCCGAGUACAUGAAGAAGGACUCGGCCGCCCGCGCCAAGUCGGACCUGCUGGGCAAGCCCCUGGGCCCACGCACCCUCUACGUGCACUGGACAGACGCCGGGCAGCUCACACCCGCCCUGCUGCACUCCCGCUGCCUCUGCGUCGACCGCCUGCCACCCGGCUUCAGCGAUGUGGACGCCCUGCGCCGGGCGCUGUCGGCCGUCCACACGCCCACCUUCUGCCAGCUGGCGUACGGCCAGGACGGCCAGCUAAAGGGCUUCGCCGUGCUGGAGUACGAGACGGCGGAGAUGGCAGAGGAGGCGCAGCAGCGCGCAGACGGCCUGGCGCUGGGGGGCAGCCACCUGCGCGUCUCCUUCUGUGCCCCGGGGCCCCCAGGCCGCAGCAUGCUGGCCGCGCUCAUCGCCGCCCAGGCCACAGCCCUCAAUCGGGGCAAAGGGCUGCUGCCCGAGCCCAGCCUCCUGCAGCUGCUCAACAACCUGGGGCCCUCGGCCUCCCUCCAGCUGCUGCUCAACCCCCUGCUCCACGGCGGCGCAGGCGGCAAGCAGGGCCUCCUGGGCGCGCCCCCCGCCAUGCCGCUGCUCAGCGGGCCCGCCCUGUCCACGGCGCUGCUGCAGCUCGCCCUGCAGACCCAGACUCAGAAGAAGCCCGGGAUCCUGGGAGACUCUCCCCUGGGUGCCCUCCCGCCCGGGGCCCAGCCGGCCAACCCCCUCCUCGGGGAGCUGUCUGCAGGGGGGGGCCUGCCCCCAGAGCUGCCUCCUCGGCGAGGGAAGCCACCACCCCUGCUGCCGCCGCUGCUCGGCCCCUCUGGGGGUGACCGGGAAGCCAUGGGCCUGGGGCCCCCAGCAGCCCAGCUCACGCCACCCCCUGCCCCUGGGGGGCUCCGAGGCGCUGGCCUCCGAGGCCUCCAGAAAGACAGUGGGCCUCUGCCGACGCCCCCUGGGGUCUCACUGCUGGGGGAGCCCCCCAAGGACUUCCGGAUCCCCCUGAACCCCUACCUGAACCUACACAGCCUGCUGCCGGCCAGCAACCUGGCGGGUAAGGAGGCCCGCGGCUGGGGUGGUGCCGGGAGAGGCCGCCGCCCUGCUGAGGGCCCCCUGCCUAACCCCCCAGCCCCCGGAGGCGGCGGAGGCGGUGGUGGCGGCGGCAAAGCCUUCCAGCUCAAGUCUCGCCUGCUCAGCCCCCUCCCCAGCACCCGCCUGCCCCCCGAACCAGGGCUGCCUGACAGCUAUGGCUUCGACUACCCCUCGGACCUGGGACCUCGGCGGCUCUUCUCCCACCCGCGGGAGCCAGCCCUUGGGCCUCACGGACCCAGCCGACACAAAAUGUCCCCACCACCCAGUGGCUUCGGUGAGAGGAGUGGCGGGGGCGGCGGGGGGCCCCUCUCCCACUUCUACUCGGGCUCACCCACCUCCUACUUCACGAGUGGCCUGCAGGCUGGCCUCAAGCAGAGCCACCUCAACAAGGCGCUCGGCUCCUCCCCGCUCGGCUCUGGAGAAGGGCUCUUGGGCCUCGGCCCCGGGCCCAACGGCCACAGCCACCUGCUGAAGACCCCCCUGGGUGGCCAGAAACGCAGCUUUGCCCACCUGCUGCCCUCGCCCGAGCCCAGCCCCGAAGGCAGCUACGUGGGCCAGCACUCCCAGGGCCUGGGCGGCCACUACGCAGAUUCCUACCUGAAGCGCAAGAGGAUUUUCUAAGGCGCCAGUGCCAGAGAUGCUCAAGGGCCUGCACCGAAUCGCUUCGGGGUUUUCUGGUGUUUUGUUUUGUGUUUGUUUUUUUUCCUUUCGGUAAUAGAAAAAUCUCUGAAAGACUUUGCUGACCAACCAGCCGGAGCCCCAGGAGCCCAAGAGCGCAGGGGAGCCCGGGGGCUACUGGACGUCCGGCCUGCUCCCGGCGUGGAAACCCCGCAGCCUUAAGAGACAGGGGUCCCCCUGCUCUCUCUCCCCUCCCCUGUGUCCGCCUGUGUCCUCUCUGGGAGUCCUCUCCUGCCUUGUCGCCCCUGGAUCUUGGUCUUUUGAGUGCCUUGGAGGUUUCUCUGCCCUCCCGUGAGGAUCAGAGACUGUCCCCCUUUUUUAACUUUGACAAUUGACUCUCAGUUCCUUUUCUAAUUUUUAUUAUUUUUUAAACAAUCCAGGACGACCCCCAGCCCUGCUUCCUUCAAGGCCCAGCAUGCCUGGGUCUCCAUUCCACACUUGGCAGUUUGAAACGGCUCAGCCCUUUUCUCUCUCCCAUGUCUGCUGCAGGCAUGGCUGUCUCUUGCCCAUUCUGGCCUGUACUCCAGCUCUGGGUGCCCUGCUCCCUGCCACAGUCCCCUCGCCUUCCGAUGCCUUAAAGCCAGGCCCCAGGCCCCGCUGGCCAGAGCCUCUCAGACGCCGAGCUCCGGAAGCUCGACUCAGGACCAAAUGGCUCUGGCCUGGGGAUUAGGUCCCGCUACCCAGGGUCCCCACCCUGAGAACAGUAGAAGGCCAAAGCCUUGGUCUUAGCAAACCAAGCCCACCAUCCCUCGCGCCCAGGCCGAAGAGCAGAGACAGGCUUUCUCUGCCAGCUCAAACCAGUCCCCCAGCUGUCCGUCUGCGGGAGCUGGGCACUGUGCAUCUCACUGCGCGCCUGCUGUCUCCCCCCAUGUUGAAGAUGAGCCCCGCCUGUCUGUCCCCAGGCCAGAUCACCCGGAGCUGGCCUCCCUUUGGCCCAGAACUGGGAUCUAACAGCUCCGUGCAGAUCCCUGCCCCUGCCCACCAGCCGGUGUCGGCCUGCGAUGACUCUGGGCCCUGAUCCUGGCCGCUGGGCCACCAGCUGCCCUCCCCUGACUCUGGGGGUCCACAUCCACUCCAGGGGGGUGUCCUCUCCCCGGUCCUCUCACACAGACCUUUGCUGAAUUAAAGUUUGUAAAUGGUUUUAAAG